UUUACAUCAAUCACAUUGGUUUACAUUAUAGUACAAUGAAAUUCUCAUUGUACUUUUCGCUUAUUUCAUUGAUAACACUAACUUUGACUGCAGAAAGUUUGAGACAUCACAAAAAUGAUAAAUUGCUUAGACAAUACGAUGAUAUCAGUGGUGAGGAAAUUUCGAACACUGGUGAAUUGAUCAAUGAAAGUAAUUCUACUAAAUCUUUAGACAAUAAUCAUUAUCAUGACGGAGUGGCUCGAUGGGGUGAAGGAGAUCCUUAUCGUCCGAAUUCUGAACAUUUAACUUCAAACAGUGAAGAUUAUCAUGAAACUACUGAAGCAAAAACCAGUGAAGAACAUAAGAUGGAGAAAGAAGAUAAGGAAGAGCAUACACAAACCGAACAAUCUGUCGUAGAAACUUUAGAUCAUCAACAUGAAGGUAUAGUCAACUGGGGAGGACAUGAAACUGAAUAUUAUGAAGAAGAUACUACUGUCAUGGAGAAAACAACUGAAGAUACUUCUCAAAAAGAUUACAAUAGAACAUUUCACAAUGACACAAACCGAGUUACUGAAGAUAUGUCAAACAGUAAUUCACUUCAAUCUGCUCUUACCAAUAUCAGUAGAUCUCUUCCUCAGAAUUUAAAUGGUCACGACCAUGAUGAUGAUCAUCAUCAAGAUCUUAUUAAUGAUGACAAUACAACUGAUUCAUUGCAUGAUAAACAAAUUAUUGAUCAUUUAAUUGAUCCAUUACUAUCAGAUAUUUAUGUUGCAAACAAUCAUUCAUCAGUUACAACUCAAACAAACAUUGAAGAUGAUGAAUGGAACACUGAACGAUCAUGUCGAAAAUGUGUUAAAUGGCAACAACUACAACUGACACUUCCAUGUUUAUUAUAUCCGAUAAAUUUCGAUGCGCCACAACAAGUGAAUCAAACUAAAAUAAUUUAUGUACAUGUAAUGAGAAAAAUUAUUGCUCGGAUUAAUCAGAGUUUGAAUGAAUUAUUAUUAGAUUUGGAGUUAUAAUGAAUAAUGUUAACUUUCAUAUUUUAAUAAUAAAUGAACUUGUAGUAAUU